AUGCCUGCUUCUAGUCAGUUUGUCUCAGCAUUUGAUGAGAGGUACAACGAGAUUGAGCAACUUCAAAGAUUUGGGACGAGGAAGCCAGCUUCUAAAGCUUCUUCUGUCAAAGACCACGUACUUAAUCCACCAAAUAAAAUGGUUGUAUGGAAACAAAUCUCCGGCUUAUGGGAUGAACUCCAGAAAAAUAUUAUGUUAAAAGCUGGCAGAGGGGAUAGGAUCAGAUUUUGUGCUAGGCCCAUGUUGCCUAUUCACUUGCUCAUGUUCUCAUACACUGGUUCGGAAACUUGCUCAUGUUCUUAUACACUUCUGAUCCAAAGUGGACUAAUCCUUUUUAAAGCCAAGUACUUCUGUAGCAUUACUCCAGUAUACUCCAUCAUUACUCCAUAUCCGUUGUAUACUAAAUUUGUUUCAUUGAUUAAAUCUGAUCCAGUAAUACAUACGUUGCUUACAAUUUCGUCGAAAGGAGAGGUUCUUGAUGUUAAUGGGAAAAGUGUUGAUGUAGAUGAAGAUGAGUUCUUUAGGUUGACUACUAAGGAGGGGAAAAUGAUUGUUGAGAGGGAUCAUUUGAGGAUUCUUGAUGCUUUGAUGCCACUCUAUUUGAAUAGCCAGAUUUUGAGGGCACUCCAAGAGUCAUUUGCGAGUGAGCUUGCUGCUAGGAUGAAUGCAAUGAGUAAUGCCACGAAUAAUGCAGUUGACUUAAAGUGGAACCUUUCGAUUGCUUAUAACCGGGAAAGGCAGGCGAAGAUCACUGGCGAGAUAUUGGAGAUUGUUGCUGGAGCAGAUGCACUUUACAUAGUUGCACUGAAUCUGGUAUCUGGAUUCCUCAUUGUUUCAUAA